AUGCGUCGCCGUCGCGUCCCGCCUCUCCUCCUCCUCUGCGCAGCCGCCGGCGCCGGCGCGGCGCGGCUCGUCCCCGGCUCCGGACCCGUCGCCCUUAUCAGCACCACGGCCCCCGACCCGGCACCCGCAUCCGCAUCGGCAGCCCUCGGGUCCGCCCACGACCCAGCGCGCCACCACAUGCUCGCGCGCGACUCGGCACCGCCGCCGCCGUACGUCCCCAUCGUCACCCCCGCGCCCGACCAGGACGCCGUGCUGGCCAGGCAGGGCCUCCGCCAGGAGACGUACUACGCCUGCAACACGGUCGGCGGCGACGGCGCCUCGGCGCACUGCGGCUGGCACGUGCCCCUCGUGCGCACGGGGGGCGCCGCGCCGCCGCAGACGGCGAGCACCGCGGCUGUUGUCGUGGGCGUGGCGUGUCUGGCGGCUGUGUUUGCGCUCGGCAUGACCUGA